GAGAAGGAAGGGCGGAGGAGAGAGGGCCACCGCGGGCGCAGCGCUGGGGGCACCGGGUCCGGAGCGGCUGAAGGCUGGUCCCGCACAAGCUGCUCGCCGGCGUUCUGGCUCCGGUGGCCUCACCAGGAAGCGCCCAUCUCGAGACUGGGGAAGCUCGGAGCGCCGCCCCCGCCGCCGUCGCCUCCCGCCUGGCUCUCGGUCCCGACCCCCCGCCCCUGCCCCAGGCCGGCUGCCUCCUCCUUCCUGGACGAUCCGGCUCGGGCGUCUUCCCCGGAGAUGGCUGGCCACUGAGCCAUGGCUCAGUACGGCCACCCCAGCCCGCUCGGCAUGGCUGCGAGAGAGGAGCUGUACAGCAAAGUCACCCCCCGGAGGAACCGCCAGCAGCGCCCCGGCACCAUCAAGCAUGGAUCGGCGCUGGACGUGCUCCUGUCCAUGGGGUUCCCCAGAGCCCGCGCACAAAAAGCCCUGGCAUCCACAGGAGGAAGAAGUGUUCAGGCAGCAUGUGACUGGUUAUUCUCACACGUCGGUGACCCCUUCCUGGAUGACCCCCUGCCCCGGGAGUACGUCCUCUACCUCCGCCCCACCGGCCCCUUAGCACAGAAGCUUUCUGACUUUUGGCAGCAGUCAAAGCAGAUCUGCGGGAAGAACAAGGCCCACAACAUCUUCCCCCACAUCACCCUCUGCCAGUUCUUUAUGUGUGAGGACAGCAAGGUGGAUGCCCUGGGGGAAGCCCUACAGACAACUGUCAGUCGCUGGAAAUGUAAGUUUUCAGCCCCGCUGCCCCUGGAGCUCUAUACCUCCUCCAACUUCAUUGGCCUCUUCGUGAAGGAAGACAGCGCGGAGGUCCUCAAGAAGUUUGCUGCUGACUUUGCUGCAGAGGCUGCAUCCAAAACUGAAGUCCAUGUGGAGCCUCAUAAGAAGCAGCUGCAUGUAACCCUGGCUUACCACUUCCAAGCUAGCCAUCUACCCACCCUGGAGAAACUAGCCCAGAACAUUGAUGUCAAACUAGGGUGUGACUGGGUGGCUACCAUAUUCUCUCGGGAUAUCCGAUUUGCUAACCACGAGACCUUACAGGUGAUCUACCCCUACACCCCACAGAAUGACGAUGAGCUGGAGCUGGUCCCUGGGGACUUCAUCUUCAUGUCUCCCAUGGAGCAGACCAGCACCAGCGAGGGCUGGAUCUACGGCACAUCCUUAACCACCGGCUGUUCUGGACUCCUGCCUGAGAAUUACAUUACCAAGGCUGAUGAAUGCAGCACCUGGAUCUUUCAUGGGUCUUACUCGAUCUUAAAUACAUCAUCAUCUAACUCUCUCACAUUUGGUGAUGGAGCAUUGGAGAGACGGCAGUAUGAGGACCAGGGACUGGGGGAGACACCGCCCCUAACUAUCAUCUGCCAGCCCAUGCAGCCCCUGAGGGUCAACAGCCAGCCUGGCCCUCAAAAGCGAUGCCUCUUCGUAUGUCGGCACGGUGAGAGGAUGGAUGUGGUGUUUGGGAAGUACUGGCUGUCCCAGUGCUUUGAUGCCAAAGGCCGCUACAUACGCACCAACCUGAACAUGCCUCUCAGCUUACCUCCGCGCAGCGGUGGCUUCCGGGAUUACGAGAAAGAUGCACCCAUCACCGUGUUCGGAUGUAUGCAAGCAAGACUAGUGGGUGAAGCCUUAUUAGAAAGUAACACCAUUAUUGAUCACGUCUAUUCCUCCCCAUCCCUACGCUGCAUUCAGACUGCACAAAAUAUCUUGAAAGGUUUACAACAAGAUAGUCACUUGAAGAUCCGCAUAGAGCCUGGCUUAUUUGAGUGGACGAAAUGGGUGGCUGGCAACACGUUACCUGCAUGGAUAUCUCCAUCAGAGUUAGCUGCAGCAAGCCUGAGUGUUGAUACAACCUACAGACCUCACAUUCCAGUCAGCAAAUUAGUGGUUUCGGAAUCCUAUGACACUUAUAUCAGUAGAAGUUUCCAAGUAACAAAAGAAAUAAUAAGCGAAUGUAAAGGCAAAGGAAAUAACAUUCUGAUUGUGGCCCACGCAUCUUCCCUUGAAGCAUGUACCUGCCAACUUCAGGGGUUGUCACCUCAGAACUCCAAGGACUUUGUACAGAUGGUCCGAAAGAUCCCAUACCUGGGGUUUUGUUCCUGUGAAGAAUUAGGAGAAACUGGAAUAUGGCAGCUGACAGAUCCUCCCAUCCUUCCUCUUACCCAUGGACCAACUGGGGGCUUCAACUGGAGAGAGACCUUGUUGCAAGAAUAAACCACAUGCGUGAAUAAGAAAUGGCCUUUUGGAGAAGUAUCUUUUAGUGUGUUUAGUAACAGUGGAAAAAUCCACACCAUAUUCUAAGUGGACAGCUCAGAAUAAUUUAGCAUAUUUCCUUUCAUGCUUAAAGUUCUUAUGAUGAGACUGUGUAAAUGAGAAAAAGACUUGAUUCAGGGUAAGAAAUCAUUCUUUCUGGACUCUUGCUUAGCUAACAUGGCUUUGGAGAAUUGUCUUCCUAAAUCGGGGCACCUGCUGUAACAGAGAAUGUUUCUUCCUUCCGUCUGUGUGUGCCUAAGGAGCCCCACUCCCCCAGAGAGAACUGCUGGCCCACUCUGAGGAGGGAGGCAAGAGGAAGAUGCCUGUCCAGAAUCUAGCUGUGGGGACAUUCAGCUGCCAGUUUGGGGAUGGGAUUUUCUUUUGAACUCCAUUUUCCAGUGCAAAGCCAAGCUGAGAAAUCCUUUUAAGGUUAUUAGAAAACAUGCGCUGCACAGAAUUGUUUUUAGGUUACACAUCAGAUUCUACCCUCCAUAGACCUCAUACACCAGUGUCACUGGCUCAAGACACCUGCUUGAGGACUCUAGCAUUUACCCUGGUGCCACACUUUCUCUAGAGUAGCUGGCCCUUCUUGUUAUGGCCCUUCUCCCUUGCUUCUAGCUGGGAAAUGGGGAGACAAAGAGCUUUUGCUCCCCAAGGCACUUUUGGAUACUCAAGAGGAAGAUCAGAUAAAUGUGUGAAGUAUUAUAGUGUAAGUGCAGAAAACUUACAAAAUAUAAAGUGACUUGGGAUUACCUGCGUUGUAGCCUGAGCCGUGGCACUUCUAUAUUACCGUCAUUUGCUUGCCUUUGCCCCUAGACUUAUAUACAAUGUUAACUAGUUAAGGAUGUUGACAUUUUGAAAGGAUGUAUGUUAUACACAUUAUUUGAGUCAGGAAGAAGCUCAUUCUGUGCAAUAUGGACAUCUUUACAGACCAUAUCAAGGGUCAGGUUGCUGUACACUUAUAGUACAUGUCAACCAUCACAGAACGCCCACACACGCAUCAAUUAUACCAGGUAUGUGUAAUGAAGUCAGGGAACUAAUUUAAAUGAUGACAGUCAUGACUGCACUUGUGCUGCCUUUUUUGUUUGUUUGUUUUUCUAUGAUAAUUUAAAAUAUGGAGGUAGGGUUACUUGAGGAAAGCUGGAGAGCCAUGUCCUGUCGUUUCUCAUUACAACUACUUCCUGCAUUUAGGGGGAGUUUAUUUAAAAGAAAAAUAAAUGACAAUCAAACCAAAACAUCAGUGAUCAAUGUCUAUUUAAUUGUGUGACUAGUUGAUUGUUGACGGCCCCAGACGAUGGUCUGCGAUGGUACAGUUCACUAUGUAGAAUGUGCGUGCAAAGUGAAAUCUUAGCCUUUUAAAGAAAACAUUAGUUAGCGUAAAACAAAUCUAUGUAUGGUGUUUCAAAACCCACAUGCAUAAAACAUAUGGUGUCUGAAAAUAAAUCUAUGCUUGUAUUUGAAACAGGAAUUUGAUGACCCCUGGAAAUAAGAGGAAGGGGAAGGAUGCUGGCUAUAUCAGAAAAAGGAUUCUAGCUGUAUCUUUUUAAGUCACUUAGAGAAAUGUGUCAUGAAUUUGACAUUUUAAGAAAUAAAUCGUGAUUUCUUCUAGCAUUGCACAAACACUGAUGCAGCUUCUGGGUAUAGACAUAACCCUGUGCUGACCAACAUGUUAAUAUAAAUGUUUUAACCUUAAAAUGUCUGGGAAGGAAAUGCUCCCAUUAAAGGUCUUAAAAGUCACAUUACAGCUAACGUAAUGCUGCUGCCAUUCAUUCUUCUGGUAUUUACAAUGAAAUGAAUCUACUGUUUAAUCCAAUCCAUAAUUAAAUCCACCACAAGUGUUCAUGGCUUUGAGUGCACAGGAUAAUGCUUAAACACCUCACAUCAGAUUUCCUUAAAAUUGUAGUAGUCUGUUCCGGGCAGUGUCUGCACUUGUCUAAAAUAGAGUACAGAAUAGGUUAUGCUCUCCAUGUCUCUCAGUUGUCACGGUCCUAUGAUGACCUGAUAAAUCAGUUUGACUGGACUACAAUUCUUUGUCCUUAGUCCAGUAUGGACACAGCCUUAAGCAAUGGUCUACAUGAGCAAAAAGAGGCAGAGAUCUGAAAUAAUUUUCUGAAUAAUUAAGAAAGAGUUUAUUCCUCUGCAAUAAUUAUCCAAAUUGUUUAUCAAAGUGGCCUAAAUGAUCUAAAUUCACAUUCAAUUCUCAUUGCACACGUACCUACUUAAAAAAUUAAACUUGAACUCCAACCGAGAAAUUCUUUGGAAAUCAUGUUGCAUCUAUGCGUAAUAUAAGAAAUAGACCACAAUACCCAAUUUCACAUUCAUACAAAAAUGAUAGGUUGAUAUUUACAACCUGAAUAUUAACCUGGUUCUUUCUGAUCUGAGGUCGAUGCUAUUAGAACAAAUGAUGUGUUGGGGGAGGAGAAGGAAGGAAGGAAAAGAAAGGAAGGAAAUGCCAGAUAAGCAGCAAAUGGUUUCCUGUUCAGAGGACUUUUUUUUUUUUUUUCUUAACUAGAAGGUUAGCUGAAAUAUGCUAGGUGAAAUGAAAUUAACUAAAGGAUUUAAUCUGGGAUUGAAAGUCUAAAACAGUUUCCUGCUUCUACAAGUGUGCCAUAUCAAUCCGCUAAUGCCCCAGUAUUAUUCAUAGAUAGGACUUCGUUUUCCGUGAUUUUAAAGUGCCGCAUCUAUUCCUCCGUGGACUGGAGUAAUUGGCACAUUUUAAUGCAUAAGCUGAGGGUUUCAUUUUCCCAGGCUCACUUCACCAUCACCGCAUUGGUAGGUAGGAGCGUAUUGCUUCACCCCAGUAUGGAGUUCAGAUUACAGUGUUUUCCAUUACAUUUAGAUUCACAGAAUCUGAAUGGCUGAUUAAAUGGCCAUCUGAUGGCAGAAAGAGGGGGAUAUUUUUCACCCUGUAGUGAAAGGCUUGGAGGAGUUUCUACUUUUUAUUUUAAUUAUACUUUAACCAAAGAAUUAUUUUAAAAUAACC